AUGCAAUGCACCGCCUCCCUUAGCGCGAUGCAGCGGGCCGGAGGAGGAGCGGCGGCGGCGGCGGCGGCGGCGGAGCCCGGAGGCGGCGAAGCGGUUGCAGCGGCGGCGGCCUCGUACCGGGUGCUGAGCCGCUUGCUGGGCUACGGCGGGGCCGAGUCAGCCGCAGCCGGCUUGGCGCUCGGCGGAGCCGUCGGGGAAAGCUCCGCUGCCGUCGCCGGGGAUCGUGGAAGGGCGGGCGGGCUCCGAGGCUCGCAGCUCCUGGUCUUCCGCCCCGGCGAAGCGGGAGAGCCGUCGGGGGUUUCCCCGUCCGCCUGCCUGCCCACGCCUUCGACGCCUCGGCCGCCCUCGGAGCUGCUGUGCGCCAGGCACCGGUGCGCUCUCCUGGACGCGCCGAAAGGCGAGCCUGGAGGGGGACGAUGCUGGAGCGGAGCGGCUGGCGGCCUCCUGUUCCCCCCGGGGGCCGGCCUGGAGUUGCAGCUGGCCGCCUUGGGGCUACACCAGGCUCCCCCGACGGCCCCGGGAGGGCCGGGCAAGCCUCCCGGAGAUUGCCCGUGCCUGAGCCUCUUGCCUCCGCCGCCUCUAGCUCCUCCGCCCACGAUGCCCUUGUUGCCCCCGGGGGAAGAGACCAGCGACGCCCUGCUCGUGUUAGAAGCUCUCGGCCCCGACGAGGAAGACGAAGAGGAGGUGGAAGCGGCUGUCGGGCAGGCAGAUUCCUCCAGCCCGGUCGUCGCGGCGGGUAGCCGCUUCCAAGCACCCGCUGCUGCAACCACCACUACCCCGGGUUCUCCUCCUCCACCACCUCCGGCAGGCCCGGUGCCCGCCGUCGGAGCCAACCGCCCGAGCUCCUCCUCCGCCCCCUCGAGGAAAGGCUCCUUGAAGAUUCGCCUGAGCCGCCUUUUCCGCACCAAAAGCUGCAGCGGAGCAUCGUGCAACCCAACAACCCCCGCUAGUGCACGUCGGGCCGGGGAGAGGGAGCUGCUGCAAGCCGCAGCCCCCCGAGCCACCUCCGGCACGGCAGGGAGCCUCCCCGAUGUGUCCUACCCUGGGUGUCGGGAGCAAGAGUCGGGCAGGUAAGAGGAAAGAAAAAAGGGGGGUGAGGAGAGGAAAGCUCGGGAUCUGGUAAGGGAUCGUCUGUUGGAGGACUAUCCUGGGUGUCAAAGGCUGAGCCUGAGACUAUGGUUGUAAUAGGGGGUUCUCAGGUGCUUGUUUCCUGGCUGUGGAUUCAGGUAGGGAGUCUGUGAAGCAGGGGUGCCAACUUGAAUACAAUAUGGGGGGCCCAGGUAAGCCCCACCCUGCAUAAUUGAACACACGGCUUGCUGCACCCCACCAUUUGAAUGACAAUGUCCAUCAACUUUGGGGGGCCCUGCUCCCUCCAAUAUUUUAUUGGGGGGAGUGCAAAGGAAACUCAUUCUCCAGGAGUUGGCUCCUAUGCUGUGAAGGAUAGAGAAUUUAGGUCUUGGCUUUUCUUGGGCAGCACCUCAAAAGAGAAGAGAGAAUCUAUUCUCCCCCCCUCCCCAAAAUCAGUCUUCCUGGCUUCCACUUGGGAUUAGGAGAUUCCGCUUCCCACCCUUCUAUCUACAACCACCAAUGGUUUGCAUGCAGAAGGUCCCAAGUACACCUGCUGCUCCAUUUUUUUGACUGGAAAGAAUCUUCUCUCCAGAGUCUGGAGAGCCACUGCCAGACAUCUAGAUAGACCAAUGUCCUGAGCUGGUAUGAUGCAUCUUUCUGUGUUCUGUUAGACCUGCUAAGUCAGGCUUCCUCAAACUCGGCCCUCCAGAUGUUUUGAGACUAUAAUUCCCAUCAUCCCUGACCACUGGUCCUGCUAGCUAGGGAUCAUGGGAGUUGUCGGCCAAAAACAUCUGGAGGGCCAAGUUUGAGGAAGCCUGUCCUAAGCCCUGAAUACCAAAGGAGGACUUCACUGGUGACUUUGGAGGCUGGAGUUCUCUGGUGGCGAAAGGCUAGAAGCUGUGAACUGCCUGGGAAGGCGUUCACACUUGAUUCCCUUUUCCUCAUGGAACAGGAGAGGCAUCUAACUGGAUUCUCUCAAUAUGUGGAAAACCUUUGACUGCAAAGGAACACCCUGGUGUUGGGCAGCUAGAACAGGGGGAGCCAACAUGGUGCCCACUGGAUGUUGUGGACUACAACUCCCAUCAGCUCCAAUAGCUAGGAAUGAUGGGAGUUGUAGUCCACCGCAUACGGAGGGGCACCACGUUGGUUACACGCAAUCUCUAGGUGAGGGGUAACACACAGCAGGGGAACCAGUAGAUAAACAAUGACUGGUGGGUUUUCUGUUUUUAAUUGUCGCUUCGCAAUGUAACUAAAGGUGGCUUAUCUGAGACCUAGUGUUGUGUUUUCCAGUUGUGCUUUAAGGUUGAGGGAACUAAACAUGGAUUUUCUCUGUGAGGCAUAGGAGUGCUUUUUUAUUUAAAGGCCUCUGCUAAUUUCACUCCCCUAAGGGGUUAAGAGUAAAUACUCUUGUGUUCAGGUGUUGGAUUAGUGGUUCACAGUGGCGGUAUGGUGGAUUCGCCAGUUUUUGAGGCCUAGAUGUUUCGAUGGAGAAACCGGAGUUCAAGGAGCAUUGCAUAGUAGGAUGAGACUGGCCUAGUUGUAAUUUUUCAGUUACAUUUAGCGAUAGUUCUUUAUAAAUAAUAACAUUAUUAGUAUUAUUGAUGCUGUGGCACAGGUGUACCCUCCAGACAUUAAUGAACUACAUUUCCCAUCAGCCUUAGCAAGCAUGGCCAAUGGCGAGGGAUUAUGGGAGCUGUAGUUCAGUAGCAUCUGGAGGGCCUUUGGUUCCCCACAACCGCUGUGCUGCAAAGCUUUCUUAGUAUAAUUUAUUAUUUUUAUCCUUAAAGCAAUAUAGAGGCUAAUGGACUCUUGUGGGCAUACGGCAGAGCAUAUAACCCUGAGGUUCAUGAACCAGUUCUCAACUUUGUAGGUUACAGCUGGUGAUUAGUAUAAAUUCUCUUUGGUCUGUUCUUUCACAGCUCAGAAGAUGUGCUUUCCAUUCAAAAGUUCCCAGGCAUCUCCAGUAAAUGGUGCUGGUGGAAAAGGGCAUGGAAGGGCCUCUUUGCCUGACACCUGCCAGUCAGAGUGGAAAAGUCUGGGAUAAAGAGACUAGUGGUUUGGUUAGGGCAGCUUUAUUCAUAUACCAUAUGUUGCAACUAAUGAAAAACCAAGGGUGUGUGUGUGUGUGUGUGUGUGUGUACGGUGGUACCUCAGGUUACAUACGCUUCAGGUUACAGACUCGGCUAACCCAGAAAUAUUAUCUCGGGUUAAGAACUUUGCUUCAGGAUGAGAACAGAAAUCGUGCUCUGGUGGCAUGGCGGCAGCAGGAGGCCCCUUUAGCUAAAGUGGUGCUUUAGGUUAAAGAGCAGUUUCAGGUUAAGAACGGACCUCUGGAACAAAUUAAGUACUUAACCCGAGGUACCACUGUAUGUGUGUGUUUAUUUCUUACAAUUAUUUUACACCCUGCCUUUCAGAAUACAAACCCUUCUGAGGCAGUUUACGAGAAGUAUUAACUACCACUACUUUUUGUUUUUAAGGCCCAUGUGUGUGUAAAUGGGUGCGUGUAAGACAGCAAGCAGGGGUGGUAGAGUGGAAAGACCCAUAAUUAUUUGUUUACUUAUAAAGCCAUUCCUAUUCCAAUGGAAACUGGAGUUGGCUAGAUUCCUGGGUUUGUAUCUCUACUUAGGCUUGAAGUUUGCCACUCACUCUUAGCUAGUUCUUGCUGAGGGGAUGGGCUUGUGUCUGGUUCGUACCAAUUCAGAUUGUGUAUGAGGUGUUGCAUGAUGGACUCCUCCUCCUCCUCAACAAUAAUGCCAAAAUGCUGGUUUUCUUUAUGGAGGAAUUGCAUGUGUUCAUGGAGGAAUAUUCCACCAUGUUGACCUCUCCUUCCAUGCUGUGUGGUUCAACCCAGGUACAGAUUUGUCAUCUCUGUGAGGACUAGGCUAUUGCACCUCCUUCUUCACAGGGGUAUUGUGAAUAUAAAAUAUAGGAGGGGGUCAGGUAUCCCGAACUUUUUGGUAGAAGGGUGAGAGAAAAACAAAAUCAGUAUAGCAAUAUGAAGAAGACACCUUUUUGGACUAAUGCUCCAGAGGGAAUCAUGCAAAGAAAGAACAUCAUAUGUCUUUCAGACAGAGUUGAAGAGACUUGUGAAGGAUAUUUUGUUGAGUAAAUUGGGUUUAUGCCACCCUCCACACUCUCUAGAGGGGUAGGGUCUCACUCUUUGGGGGUCUUCAUGGACAGCCACCUCUUGUGUAUGGUGUAGCUCUAGAUUCCCUGCAUCAAGGACGGAUUAGCGGGCCUACAAGGCCCCUUCCAACUUUGGCCACAUCUACAUUUGAAGCACAUGCCCUCCCGCAAAGAAUCCUGGGAGCUGUAGUUUAAAAGUACCAGGAAUUGUAGCUCUGUGGUGGGUAAGCCACAGUUCCCAGGAUUCCUUGAGGGGGAAUUCAUAUGGAUGUGAUCUCUAACUCCCGGGAUAGUUGGCAUGGAUGGGUUCCAUUUUGUGUUCAUGGGGUGACUGGCUUUCACCUCUGAAGUGUGAGAAAAUUCCCACCCAAAAUCAGAUAGGAUUUUUUUUUCUGGGCUGGACUUUGUUCAUGUCUAGUUAUCUAUUGCUCUCGCUUACAAAAUAUGGCUUGAGUUAUCUAUAGAGGUUCCCCCCGCAAAGCAUUUAUGUCAUUUUUCUCUGCUCUGCACUUACUUACGGGUUUCUGAACUUCAGAGGUUAAUGGUGAAGGAAGGGUCCGAGAGUCCGAAAGGAAAAUGCUCCUGUCCCAUGUUAACAGCAGACUUUUUUUUCUUUUUAGGGGUUGAGAAUGGGGCUCAAAACCUAGAGAUAACUCCAACACAACACAAGCAGACUUGAAAAUAGCCACUUUCUAUAGAAUUGAUUUGACUUGCCCACAUAUAAAGAAGUUUUUAUACUUUUGGAGGAGCUUAUCUCAUCUGCCUCCAGGCUGUUUAUGAAACACAAUUGUGUCUCGGGGCACAAAAAUACCCUGUGAUCUUUGCCCAGAGGUGCAACAAGGAUGUUUUACCAACCAAAGAAGAGUUGGCUGACCAGACUGAUGCCAAAAUGGCAAAACGUAACGGGUGUAACAGGAAACCAAGAGGGGACAAAAUUAAUUAAAGAGUGGGGAACAUUUGUGGUAAUACCUGAAAAAUUAUGGCAUGCAAGCAAGUGCCUUGGUAGGGUUAACUUAAAUCGAUCAGUUUAAAUUAUCAUCAAAGAUAAACUGCAGAAUAACUUAAAAAUGGAGUAAAGUGGAAAAUGCAGUGUUAAAAAUUUAAAUAAGACAAGAAACCACAAAAGGUGGGGAGGGAAGUCUGUUAUGUAUUGGAAUCAUGUGAUUGUAAGGUGUGUAUUUGUAAAUUUUUGAAAACUGAGUAUAUAUGUGUGUAUGUAUAUAACACCUUUUCAUCUUAAGGCAUUUCAGUUACCUCAUAUACACCACAACUUUAAAACACACACCUCCAAAGGAAAAAUUCUGGGAAUUGUAGUUUAAGGUUGCUGGGAAUUGUAGCUCUGUGAGGAGUAAACAACCCUCUUCAGGGUUCUUUGGGGCUGGGUGUGUGCUUUAAAUUUAUGGUGCGUACUGGAAUAAUUUGUGGUGUGUGUGCACUGUGGUCUACACUUCUGUUCCACAGUUUGAUUUUUGCUGCUGGGAGGAGAAGGUGGACUAAAUUACCACCGAUUUGUCAGCAUGGCCCCUUGGAAAAUUGGGUACUUAAAAAUGUGUGAUAGAACACGGUUUCCUGUUAACGAACGCUGACAUAAUUUGUGGCGUCUAACUACAUUUUCUGUUUGUGGUUUCUGGGCCCAGAAAAUGGAGUACCAUUGCAAAUGUCCCUUGCUCUGCCCACCCCCCAUCCAUUGGGGGGGAGGAGGUGCACUUUCAAAUUAAGCACACCUGUGCAAUGGCUGAACUGAUGAUACGAACAGUGAGAGUAAAAAAAGGAUAGAACCUCUUCACUCACACUUGUCUGUGGUUAAAGAUGGGGUGGGAAGGGGUGUGUUUAUUAGGACUGGGAGAUAUAUCGUCCAAAACUGGUUUGAAGUCCAUAUUGCGGUAAUUGGUUUCAUAAUUUUUGACUUGGCAAUAUAUUGCAGAUUAUGGUGUAUGUACUAUGCAAAAAUUACGAUUCAGGAAAAAAACAUGAAGCCAGCCAAUGCCUCUACAUAGCUCCAUCCUUAUUUUGGACAUUGUGAUGCAUCAUUAUAUUGCAAUGUCUAGCUGGUGAUAUAUCAUAACGCUGAAAGCCAGAUAUGAGCCAGCCCUUAUGUGUAUAUCUGUGUAUAGAGUGGGACGUGGGUGGAGAUGUGGGUUAAACCACAGAACCUAGGGCUUGCCGAUCAGAAGGUAGGCGGUUCGAAUCCCCAUGACGGAGUGAGCUCCCGUUGCUUGGUCCCUGCUCCUGCCAACCUAGCAGUUCGAAAGCACGUCAAAGUGCAAGUAGAUAAAUAGGUACUGCUCCGGCGGGAAGGUAAACAGCAUUUCUGUGCGCUGCUCUGGUUCGCCAGAAGUAGCUUAGUCAUGCUGGCCACAUAACCCGGAAGCUGUACGCCGGCUCCCUCAGCCAAUAAAGUGAGAUGAGCACCGCAACCCCAGAGUCGUCUGUGACUGGACCUAAUGGUCAGUGGUCCCUUUACCUUGAUGUAUAGAGUGGGAAAGGGUGCCAGUUUAGUUUAACACAGUCAAAGCCACUCUCACCAAUAAUAGCGACAAUAGAAAUUGACCUUGAAAAACAAAUGUGGUUUUUUUUUAUUGUCAUAAAAGUAGUUUGAAAAAUCCAAGCAUAAAGGGGGCAGAAGCAGUAGAACAAGAGCAGGUUGAUGUUUCAUGAGCAAGCAAGCAUCAUUGAUUUAAUUUAUUUCCUGCCCUUCUAACACCUUUAAAACAGAAAUCAGGUUGACUCUGUAAAGUGACCACAACUUCUAAGGGAAACCUUAUUGGGGUGCUAAUUCCCCUGAAGAAUGCCAGUCUUUCACCUUGGAUACUAGCAAUUCCUCAAAUCGCUUCUAGUUAGAUUGAGUUUAAUAACUGCCACCAUGGGGUCUAGAAGCUUCGUUGCAUCUUAAUUCUUAAUGAUGGGGGCUUAGAAGCCAGAUGACGGCGCAGCCUUCUGAUAGCUGAGGCGUGCAAUAUUUUUUUUUUCUGAAUUAAAGCCAGGAGCCUGCUUCAUUCUUCCAGGUGGAACGUUAUAUUUAAGGUGUGUUUUAGAGUAAAACCUUAAACUCCCUAAAUCAGCAUCACAGGCUGAAUGGACAGAAUGAUUGGGUUUGUUUUAUUUACUUCAGAUAUUUUCACCCUGGCUCCCCUACCCUUUUUGAGGCAGCUUAUGAGUUAACAAUGCAUCACGAUACCAUUCAUGCCUACUUGUAAGUAAGCCUCAUUGAGCCAAAUGACACUACCAGGUGAAUGUGCAUAGGAAUGCAGCCCUAUGAGGUUGCAAACCAGCCUGUGUUGAAAUAGUGUCCUUGUUGCAGCUACCCUCUCCCUAUGCUCCUUAUAAUCAGAGAAUAUAAUUCAAAAGCAGAGUUUUUGGAUCUCUUGAGGCAGCAUUCGUGGGUAGAAGGAUGGAGCCUCUGAGAGGUGAACAGACACCCAGCAUUGUCUUAUUUACAGGCUCAUCUGUCCGUCUUUUUUAUAGAAAACAGAGAUUGAUGCGAACGCAAAGUGCCUUUUCUCCAGUUGCUUUCGGUCCCCUCUUCACGGGUGAGUGUCAAGCUUGAUUUCUCUCUCCUUUUCCCUUGAAGGAAUUGCUUGUGGUUUUAUUAUUCUGUGCAUGUAUAAUGUGUUGCUGUGGGUCUUUAAACCUAAGAAUAGUACCACUUUUAUUUUAUUUUUAAAAAACCCAUAACUAGCUUUGGAGUGAUUCUGCCUUUUUUGGGGGGGGGGGGGAGACUGGUGCUGUGCCCCUUCUCACUCUGCUUGCCACCCCCAUGCCAUUCCAUCCCCCUUUGCAAUCCAGGUUUGUGUUGAGGCACUACAAAUCCUCCAAAGGGGGCUGCGUGAUGACAUCCUUACAUUUUUAUUAUAUUUCAGUGUAAGCAUUUAAAAAAUACUUUGUGCACAUAUGUGUCUGUGUGUGAUAUAUAAUAAAACAUAUUUUUGCAAACACAUGGCAGGAUGAGACUACUCCUGGAGCCCAGCCUCCCUCAUCCCAGCCGGCAUAACCAAUGACCAUGGAUGAUGGGAGUUGCAAUUUAGCAACAUCUGGGGACCCAGGAUGGGGGAAAGGCUGCUUUAGAGAGUCCUUCCUCUUGCAUUCUGGGGAGAGGGGUGGCAGCAGAAAACACUUAGUAAAUCAGAGGAUGUCCAGUUGCUCCAACUUUACCCAGGAUAGUCUAAAAUUCACCACAAUCGGUAACUAUCCCUAAUUCCUGAUUAGAGUAGAUCAGUCCCUUGUGGAUUAAGGGACUUUAUCAGGGUGCAAACAACACUGCCAACAACUCACCUAUAUAUAACAGCCCUAGGCUCCUUUAGGAGGAAGAGCUGAAAGGAAAUUUAAUAAAUAAAUACACUAACCCUCUGGCCGAGUUGGGUUUAAUCUCAGCAACUAGACUGAGAGGACAAAAGCAUUAGUGUGGUGCUAGGAAAAUUUACAUAGGCUCACCCAGAUCAGAGAAUAUUGUUAUUAUUAUUAUUAUUAUUAUUAUUAUUAAAAAGUUAGUGGUUAAAAAAAUAAACCCACAAAAUCAGAGGUCACAGAGUUGCAUCUAAGGAAAUGCAGAGGGCAAAAUGUUGAUUCUAACCUCUAGCAGUUCCCUACUUGGUGUAACAGCAAGUAGGUUGCAGUUCAGUGUAACUAUGGAGGACCUGAAGGAAAAGGCAGUGCUUUGGAGUCAGACACCGAAAGUGUCUCUCCGCCCUUGUGGCAGAGGAUGCAUUUGAGAAUCUGGGGAGGGGAGGAUCUGACUCCAUUCCAAACACCUAGCAAAAGGAGGGCAAGCCUACGCGAUCUAUGGCUUGUUGCGUUCAAUGGAGCUUACUCCAAAGUUGCAAUAGGAAGCAUGGCUUUGACUUCAACGCUAGAGAAUAACUUGAUUCAUUUCCUGGUUUCAAAUAUAGGUCAGGGCAAGUUUAUGCUCGUCUUAUCCAUUGCGUAUUGUUUGGGGUGGGGAGAUCAUCACCAGGUGUAUUACACGCUGUUACUCAGCUGUUUAGAAAGGAAGGCAGGGUGGCCCAUUCAGAUACACACCAUCCAGAUGAUGAUUGUUAAUUUCUGCCAUUAAAAUUCCAGGGAUACAGGGUUGCUUUCCAUGCAAGUCUUACUCAGAGCAGACCCGUUGAAAUUAAUAGACAUGACUAACUUGGGGACCAUUAAUUUCAAUGGGUCUGCUCUGAGUAGCACCUAGCUGAAUGCAGCUUGUGGUUUCUACGUUUGCCCUAUUUAGACGGUGCACAGAUUAAGCUCUUCAAUUUAAAGUGUGUGUGUUUUGGGGAGGCAUUUCAGUGUUGUUCAACGUCAUCCCUCUUCGAGAUGUCUAGAAAUCUUCUAAAUUUGACGUCAUGAAGGAGAGCUGGGUGCAGUUGCUUACUGGCAAGGGAAAAGGCACUCUGUGCAUGUUUAUAGGCAGCUGCAUCAGAUGAUCGCAGGCCUGGCAGUGAAAAGUACCUCCUGGGGAUUGGGUGCUGGUUUGAAUGCAAGUCCCUGGGAUGCUGUUGGUUCUAAUAUCUACUUUUCCCACAUCUUCCUAGGUGAGACAGUGUCUUUGGUUGAUGUCGACAUCUCCCAGCGCGGUCUGACGUCCCCACACCCUCCGACGCCGCCACCUCCCCCACGGCGAAGCCUCAGCCUUUUGGGUACUGCUUGUCUCCUGAAUUACCUUUUGCGAAACUGCACAUUUCGCCCAGAGUCCUCCCUCCCUCCCUCCCUCGCCCCCCAGAAUAGGCCCUGCCCCAUCUUUUUCAUCUGCUGCUUUGUAAUGAUCUUUUUCAGUGAACGGAAGGAAGCCUCUUAAAACCCAUUUGGUGUGUAGCACUUCACAGCCUUCGGGUUUUUGUUCUCGGAGAAGCCUCCUUGUGUCAUCUUCUGUGCUCUCUUCCUCCCCCUCAUCCCCAAAUCCUGCGCAGCACAACCAAAACCGGAGCCAAGAAGUUAAAUUCAGCAGCCUUUAUGCAUUAUGCAAAGUUGCAUGUUUGUUUUGCAUAAUUUCGCUGCUUUUGCUACCCAUGGUGGAAGGGUAAAGAGUCAAAUAGGUCACACUGAUCUCUUUCCCUUCACUCCUGGAAUUCCUGUUCUUACCCUUUUUGGCUUUUGAGAUACUGCUUGGUGUUGCCCCCUCUAUCUCUCUCUGUAUUUUUUUUAAAAAACAAACCCAUGUAUUUACAUAGUUACAACGUCCAGAAGCUGGCUUGCUUUCUAAAAAGAAAAGGAUAACUGAGAUUCUUGCAGAUGGAUCAUUUGUGUGCAUACUUGCAAACAAGUCCUUAUACAAUUAUAAAAUGGUGCAGCAAUAGAACUGCUGGCACAUUAGCAAAGCUAAGCAGGGUCCAGUAUGGUUUCACAUUGGAUGGGAGGCUGCGUGUUGAAAUUCCUGCAUUUCAGGAGGUUUGGACUUGAUGACUCCCGGGAUCCCUUCCAACUCUUACGAUUCUAUGAUCAGAGAUGGGGAACCUGUGGCCCUCCAAAUGUUGCUAGACUCCAGCUCCCAUCAGCCCCAGCCAGCGUGGUCAGUGAUGAUGGGAGCUAUCUUAUCCCUGCUAGAUUUAAGCAUACAAAGCUGCCUGCACCUGCCCAUUUUGUUCCAUCUAGCUCAGGAACUUUGGCAGCAUUUAUUAUAUGUGCAGCCUUAAAUUCAAUUUCCUUUCUAAUGCUCAGAAGCAGUUGUGUCUCUUUGAAUGGACUCCUAUCCCCGCACUUGCGCCAACCUCUCGUUUUAUGUUGGGCAUCAGAUCUUCCCCUUGAACGGCUGGAAAUGCACUUGGAUUUUGCCACCCUUUAGGAUGAAUGAACUUCCUGCAUCGCGCUUUAUGCGCUCCUUUUGUGCGUGGGAGGCUGGCGACAAGAGAGGGCUGGCGCUUUAACAAAGGAGAUGGUACAAAGUGCAUAGAAAGCUAGUUGCUGCAGAAAGUUUUAGGCUAGAUCAGGGUUUCCCAAACUUGGGUCUCCAGCUGUUCUUGGACUACAACUCCCAUCAUCCCUAGGUAGCAGGACAAGCCGUCAGGGAUGAUGGGAAUUGUAGUAAAAAAUAAAAACAAACCACAGCUGGAGACCCAAGUUUGGGAAACCCUGAAGUAGGUGUUACAAGAGAUAUGGAGUCUCUCAUCGCUUGCUGCUACAGGUAGGACUAUGGGCAGCAUGAUAUCAUGUCAGUGUUACAAUAAAGCAGGGACCUUUCACAUUCCUUCCUGGUUGUGGGUGAGGCCAGAAUGCACAGGGUGCAACGUUGUGUUCUAGCCACGCAAGCCAGAAGUUUCUACGUGUGUGUGCACAUGCAUAUCUCUCCCAUCUUCCGCCCAAGCGAGCAGCAGUAGGUAUUAUCCCAGGUCAAGGGCACUUUCCAGCCUGGCAAAAGCAGUCAAGGUAGGGGAAAAGCAGGCCAGUAAUGAAGGAAGUAGUUUGGAGAGAGCCCCGAGGGGCCAGAUGGACAGCUGUGUUUGGCUCCUGUGCCUGGGGUUUCCUGCUAUAUAAAGCCAGGCAGAGUGGCAGCAUUGCCAGCGUCUAAAGUGGGGCUGGGGGGGUGGGACUUGUGGUCCUCCAGAUGCCAGGGAUAAUGCAACAUCUGGAGGGACGCAGGUGCCCCAUCUUUGAAAUGAAGCUUCUAUGCAUUUUAAGCCAGGAAGCCCUUUUUCGGGGGGAAUACUGAGUCAGGCCUGUUUGGCAUGUCCUCUACCUUUGCAGAUAGAACCAGCCAACUGUGGGUUAUGGCUUGGCAGGUGCUUGUGGGCUCCUCCUCCCUAGUUUGCAGUCACAGACAAAGCCAGGAAGUUUUGCUGAGUCCCUUGGUGGGCAUGUCUGGUGGGCUGUGCUGGCGUGGCUGAACCUUCCAAGCUGUUACACCUGCUUUCUAUAAAAUAUAGCUAUUCUAUUAAAAAAAACAACACCCACCAGCCCACCUUCAGCAUCUCUCAGAUUUAAACGGAUUCCUUGGUGCAGCGAUAAAAUUGCCUGCACAUUUGCAAAGCUAAGCAGGGUUUGGUAUGGUUUCAAAUUGGAUGGGAGACUGGAUUCUGAGAUUCCUGCAUUUCAGGGGGAUUGGCUAGAUGACCCUUGGGGUCCCUUCUGCCUCUGAUUCUAUGAUCAUGUUAAGACCUGGUUUUUCGAAGGAUUUUGCACCCCGCAAGUCAAUAUAUGAACUUUUGCAUCUUCAGCGACACCAGUGUGUGUGUAUAUAUGUGUGCAUACACGUUGGGACACCUUUCUGCCUAUGAGAAGUGAUUGCUCACAUUAUUAAAUGGUGAUAAACAAUCCCAGGAAUAAACGGCUUACGGGCAACCAUAUUGACAGAUGGCUAAGAGACCAUCAAAAGAUGAAGUAUUGCAGCAUCUGAAGUUGUUUCCCUCCCCACCCACCCAAGGAAACUUGUCCUGAAAGGGUAGCUUUUCAUCUUGGUACGCAAGAUAGCCAACGCUUUACAAUCUGUGCAUGCCACAAAUAAGUAUGGAUAAACCUUUGCUAAGCAUGUGUCUUCACGCUUCUUUUAAUUGAUGUAGAAGACUCUCAAGGUGAAUGUUUGGGUCUUGGAGAAGGUGAAGCUAAUGCGAGCCUGUCUUACACCCAUUUUGAGUUUUUCUUAGUUCCUGGACAUUUCAAUUAUUUUUUAUGUUCUUCUUCUAGACGAUAUCAGUGGGACACUGCCUACAUCUGUCCUAGUGGGUCCGAUGGGGUCUUCGUCCCUCCAGUCUUUUCCUCUGCCUCCGCCGCCUCCGCCGCACGCCCCGGGUCAGUUUAGCUUUGAUCCUCGUGGUUUCCAAAAAAUUCCGCUGUAAAUUUCCGCCUCCCCUCCCUGGAGCUGGGCUUUCCAUUUGAAUUAUCGGAUUUUUGGACUCAAGGCGGUGUGCAAGAAACAGAAUAGUACGCAAAAAAAUUCCAUGGCACUGCACCCCUUCUCUUGGUCAGGCUGGAGAUGCCAAGCCAUGUGUACAGAAUUCAGCUGAAACCCUCUCCUCCUGGCCCCUUUUCAAGACUCCUGACAAAUUUUGCCUUGCUCCUAUUAGCUACUAUGGGAUGGUCUGGAGCAGAAUUUUGCAGAUACUUUAACUUUCAAAUGAUUGGAGUAAUUGAAUAUACGGUAGAGUCGUGGGCGUUCUGGGUUGCUAUUUUUAACCAGAGCUGCUGCUGUCAGCAUUGUUGGUCCUUGGUGCCAUGGAUUUGACUUGCUGGUAGUGAACUUGCCUGCACUGUCCUGACACUGGUGUAACGGGUGUCUGGAAUUGGGGGGGGGGGAGCACCACCUUAGCCGUGCUCUGCCUUCUUCUUUGCUCUCCCAUAGAAGUGAGUGGUGGCUCCAUAAUGCUGCUGUUGCACAAUGGCCAGCAGUGAUACUGGUAACCAGUGAAGCUGCUAUACUGGUGGACAGGGCAGCUAAGGGGAGGCAAGGUCAACUGGUUUUCUUCCCAUUUUCCUCCCUCGCAAAAAUUAAAAAAUACAGCAGAUACUUAAGCAUGCUUCUUGGACCAGAGUGUCAGAGGGGGAAACUUGGACCCCUGGAAGUCUUGCAUUUCUAGGAGUCCGCGUAAUUUUUCAGCUGGUUAUACCAAAAAAGUGGUGGGCAGAAAAGCCUCUGGAACAGAGCUUUCUGAACUUUUCAUGCCGGUCACACACUUUUUAGACAUGCAUUGUUUUGUGACACAGUAACUCGGUUUUGCAUCAUUUUGCGACACAGUAAUUCAGUUUAAAGGGACGCAGGUGGCACUGUGGGUUAAACCACAGUGGCUAGGAUUUGCCGAUCAGAAGGUCGGCAGUUCGAAUCCCCGCGAUGGGGGGAGCUCCCGUUGCUCAAUCCUUGCUCCUGCCAACUUAGCAGUUCGAAAGCACGUCAAAGUGCAAGUAGAUAAAUAGGUACCGCUCCGGCGGGAAGGUAAAUGGCGUUUCCGUGCGCUGUUCUGGUUCGCCAGAAGCGGCUUAGUCAUGCUGGCCACAUGACCCGGAAGCUGUACGCCGACUCCCUCGGCCAAUAAAGCGAGAUGAGCGCCGCAACCCCAGAGUCGGCCACGACUGGACCUAAUGGUCAAGGGUCCCUUUACCUUUAAUUCAGUUUUACUCGCAAACCGGAGGUUAAACUAACGCCUUUCCAGCCCCGGAAGGAGCAUGGGGAGUUCCUGCCCUUACACUUACACUUACACACUGCAGCUGACACACUCACAUGUCGUGACACACGGCUCUGCUCUAGAAAAGUUUCUGAAUGAACAUGACUCAGUGGGAUGGUGAGGCAUGGGAAGGCUGAGUUACAGCUUUGGAUUUUGGGGUGCAGAAAAAAAUAACAGUGGGACUCUGCCCCACAUUGCCCAGUAUAGCCUGCCUUGCCGAGUGGUAUAACUCAAACAGUAUCUCAACCGAGACCAACAAGCACAUUUACUAAGCAUUAUUAGAACCUGCCAUUCCCCUUAUCAGCCACCUCCUUAAAGGAGUUUCUUGCUACCCACGUAAUAUAGAAUUGCUUCGGAAUUGAACAGGCUUCCACUGAGAUUUCCCGCUAAAGGUGGCCCCAAAAGUAUAUGACUUUGCUGCCCCUUGUGGCCAACCAGGGCUGUACAGUGUUUAGAAUUCCUCCCUCUGUUAGUGACUUUCUUUUAUCUAGUGGCUUAAACCUCCCAAGAUAUAGGCACUUUAUUACCCCUAUAAGUUCCUUGAGGGAGACUGGGUUAAAAUUUACUGAACUGAGCUAUAUUUGAAGGCAGCUCUCUGGAGCUCUUUUUCCUGGAUGGAAUAAAUUAUACCCUGCUUUUCACCAUCCGGGUCUCCAAACCAGUUUACAAAAUAAAAGCGUAAAAUAUAUGACAUGUAUGAAACAUUGGAGGAAUGUAACAUCAGAGGAACAUUUGCAGUGCAAGAGCAUCCUGGAAUAAAACUGUUCUAACCAAGCAAGGAUGAUUCCUGCCUGAUUUAUACUAGGAAGGGAUUGCCAGUUUGUGUACCUGAUGUGGUUUGAGGUGUUCAUCUUUAGGUGAGUUGAGGCUAUGGAAUUUUAGCAAAGGCAUGUUUUCCCGCCUCCUCAUUUUUAAAAAGACAUGGGUCAUACAACAGCUUGUUUAAAACUGCCCAGUUAAAUUAAUAGCCAGAAACAAAUUAGAAAGUCAGCAGAAGCCCUAUUAAGAGCUGUUCCCUCUGUUGGGGCAAUGGUGCAGUGUGUGUCUAGAGUGGGGUUGCCGUAUUUCAAGAAGUAAAUAUUUGGAAAGUAGUUGGGGUUUUUUGUGUGUGCAGUUGCCCCCCAAUACAGAGCUUGACCCCAAGCCACCCACGCCCCAUAUUGCCAGGUUUCCCCUCCAAAAGAAGACAUGUCAACCCUAGAGCAGUGUUUCCCAGACUUGGGUCUCCGGUGUUUUUUGGGACUACAGUUCCCAUCAUCCCUGACCACUUGUCCUCCUAGCUAGGGAUGAUGGGAUUUGUAGUCCAACAACAGCUGGAGACUCAAGUUUGGGAAACCCUGGUUUAGAGACUCGCUUUCCGCAACUGGGAGUGUCCAGUGUCUAGCUUCUGUGUUGCCCCUCCUUUCCCCAGCCCCACCACAGCUUCUGCUUCCUGUGUGGUUCAGCCCCACUCCAUCCUUCUGAGACCUGUGGCUGAUGCCUCUUUCUUCUGCCCCCUGCGUGAAGUGAGAUCUCAGCCAGGGAACUAAUUAGGGAUUUAGCCUUCAGUGGCAUUUGCCUUAUGGAAUGCCCUGCCUGGGGCAGAUCUGCCUCUAGAGACAUCUAGGGUUCCCUUUCGCCAGCCGAUGAGAAACUGAAGGUCUUCCUACACAGUGUUUCCUGGCUACUGGUGGUUGAUAUGAAUGUUCUAGAUAGCUAGCUAAAGAGAAGUGAGCGCUGCAACAAAACGUUGCAUGGAGAAGUGCUCCUGAUCCGGUCAGCCAGCUAAGCCUGCUCCAGAAGUACUCCAUUGCAUCCCCCCUCCCACCUGGAUUUCUGUGUCCCCCUACCCUCCAAAAUAGCAUUCUGUGGCCACUAAACUCGCUCAGUCCUCUUUGGGCUGUUUGGGAACCUCCCCAGCCCUGCUUAGCUUUCCCCCCGAAUAUUUUGUACCUCUGCCAGCCUUGGGGUACCCCAAGGUCUGACGAUACCUCCUCCUUGAUUGUAGUUACAUUUCCAAUGGCCUGAACGUCAGAAAUAGAGGAAAGUUCUUUUUAGCUGAUUUUAGUAUUGUGUUUAAGGUUAAAGAUAUCUGAGCAUAGCUAUCCAUAGAAAGGAGAUCAAUCCAGCUAAUCAUAAUAUGCAUUUGCCAGGUUCUUUUCCUAUGUUCAAAGAGCUCCAUUCCUCCACCACUCUGCCCUUCCAGAAACUUUUACCUCUCGCCAGGAGGAAAGCAGGGGAGGAAGUGGGCCAGAGUUGGCUCUUGAUUUAGUGGCGCCUCAGUUUCCCACAGCGACUCACACCAAUGCUAAGUUUGGGGGCAUUAUGGGAAUUUUAAAGAUUGGCUAGAUCCAGCUGCCUGAUGCUGCUCAGAAUGCCAGCCCAGGGGUAAAAAAACAAAACCAAGGGUGCUCAGGGCAGGUAUCGCAAGUAGGUCCUGCUGAGGCCUUAGUAGUUGCCCAAGGAUGCCCAGUGCUGUCUUUGGCACCAAGGUGAGCACACAAUGGUUAUACAGUGGUACCUCGGUUUUCGAACGUUAUCCGUUCCGGAAGACUGUUCAAGUUCUGAAACAUUUGAAAAUCGAAAACUCAAUAGCCAACAGCUAGGCCUCACUGAUCUUGCACUCAGUGGAAGCCGUGUGGCAUGUUCGACUUCCAAGGCGUUUUUGGAAACUGAAGCAUUUACUUCCAGGUUUAUGGCGUUUGAAAAACCGAAAUGUUCGUCAACAGAGAUGUUCAAAAGCUGAGGUACCACUGUAAUAGUAAGAAUUGGUUUGUGGAAAAUGGGUAGGUCGGAUAUAGGGAGUGAAGCUUACUGUAGGAUGCUUAGAUUAUACUGUAUUAGGGUGUUAUUUUUAUAAAUAAAUUUUUAUUAGUUUUACAAUGUUUACCCAGGAUUAGUACAAUUUUGCCAAUUACAGUGGUACCUCGAGUUACAAACACCUCGUGUUACAAACACUUCGGGUUACAGACUCUGCUAACCCAGAAGUAGUACCUCGGGUUAAGAACUUUACCUCAGGAUGAGAACAGAAAUCGUGCACUGACGGUGUGGCGGCAGCAGGAAGCCCCAUUAGCUAAAGUAGUACCUCAGGUUAAGAACGGUUUCAGGUUAAGAACGGACCUCCGGAACGAAUUAAGUUCGUAACCAGAGGUACCACUGUGUACAAAUACUAGUUACUAUCAAAUUAAUUCCAAAUUUAUAUAAUUUAGUCCAAGCGGUUUUCUUGAUUGAUGUUUUCAUCCAGUUCUUAUAUUCCUGUGGUGUGUAUGUGUGUGUGUGUGUGUGUGUGUGUGUGUGUAUAAAACUUCUAAUUACAUUUCAGAGAGUAUAUUAGGGUUUUGAACAGUUUUUUAGCAGCUGUAGGCCAGAGAUGGGGAACCUGUGGCCCUCCAGAUGUUGUCAGAGCAAACGUCAGUGGUCAGGGAUGAUGGGAGUAAUAGUCCAACAACAUCUGGAAGGCUGCCACUGCUUGUGGUGCAGGGUCUAUACCAGGCAUAGGCAAACUCGGCCCUCCAGAUGUUUUGGGACUACAACUCCCACCAUCCCUGGCUAACAGGACCAGUGGUCAGGGAUGAUGGGAAUUGUAGUCCCAAAACAUCUGGAGGGAUGAGUUUGCCUAUGUCUGGUCUAUACUUUCAGUAAUUUCUCUUCAUUGUGUGUUGGGAGCGGGGCGGUAAUGUCCUGUUCAGGACCGGUGUAGAAUUUUGCUGCCAUGGGCAGCUGCCACCAGUCGUCUUGGCUUUUUAAUUCCUUGGGUGGCUGCAUGUCUUAACCCUUUCCUCUCCCCUUUCAGAUGCGUUUCCCCGGAUCAUCCCGAUCAGAGCACCAGAAGCGGUACACAGCCAACCUGCACAGCACCUCCAGUGCCCUCUCUACCGGCCUGACUCGAGCAGUUUUGCAGCUAGUUUGCGGGAGCUAGAAAAAGUAAGGCUGACCUAAACCAAAUGAGUGUUGGAAGUGUAAAGAGAAAGAAGGUUCUCUUUAUCGUAUGUGGUGGUCUUGUAGUAAGGUUAAAGCUUACUGGGAAAUGAUGCAUAAUGAAUUGAAAAGGAUUUUGUUUGUAAAAAAAAACAAAAAAACAACCAGAAGCUUUACUUUUGGGAAUUAUAGGGACAGAACUACCUAAACUGCAUAGAAACUUAUUCAUGUAUGCUACUACAGCAGCGAGAAUGUUACUCCUCCCAAAAUGGAAAGAAGUAGAAGUCCCAGCAAAGGAAUAAUGGAUACAAAAACUUAUGGAAUAUGCAGAAAUGGUGAAACUUACUGGAAGAAUAAGGAAUCAAGAUAACCAAACUUUUUAUAAAAGAAUGGAAUUGGUUUAUUGAAUAUUUACAGAUGAAUUGUAAACAGAUUAUUGGCAGGAUUGUUGUAAUAACCUGCAGUUUUAUAAGAGUAUAUAUUUAAAGUAAAUGAAUAAAUGAGCAAAUUAAGUUAAUUUGGAUAUGCAGAAGAUAUUAAAAUUAAAUUUAAGGAACCGCAGGAAGAGGGGGAAGGAGGUCAAAGUUUUGAAAUGUUAAAAUGAUUGUAAAACUAGCAAAAUGUAUAAAUUUGGAAAGCAUAAAUAAUUUUUAUUUAAAAAGAAUUAGAAAAAAUAGAAAAAGAAAGGCUGAAAAUGUAUUUUUUGAAAGUUCAGCGGAGGUUCUUAUGAUGGUUCCGUUGUGAUGAUGCUCUGCUUCCGUGGUGAGCACGGGGGCUAAAAGUAAAAUUCCUCUGUGUGUGGUAAAUUGUGGAUUGUCAGAGCUUGCACAUAACCUGUGGUUUUGCUGGCCCUAUAUUUUGCAGAUGGUUAAAGCUGGUUUGGAACAGGCCUGUGCAUGCAGGUCUGGCCCAAGACAUUUUGCCACCUGAGGCGGGACCCCAAAAUGGCUCCCCCGGUCCCUGCCAAGGAAUAAAGGGCCAGGAAAGACCUGCAGCAGGAACAAGUGGGGCAAGAAACAUUGAGAGCGGUAACUUUUGCUCCUGUGAAUCCUGCCACCUGAGGUGGUCACUCACCUUGCCUCAUGGGUGGGCCGGCCCUGCAUGCGUACACUGCAGUUUUGCAGUCCGGUGUGUCUUAUUUUGUAAUAACAUCAGGGAAAAUAAGUGACUCAUGCGUCUCUGGUUCUAUGCCAGUGAAAUUCCUCUAAUGACUUUACAGGGAACUGCCUACUUGUGUUAUGCCCGGAUGAUUUAAGUAAUCUUUUGCUUAGUGUAAAUUAGUGCAACUCUGCUUUCCUUAUGCUAAGCCAGAGAAUAGGUGCUGGAGCUGGAAUGUACAGCCACAUGCUUGUAAAAGUUUGCUGUUUAAUCAGAUUGAUUCCCAUUUAUCCCACGAUUCCAAAAACAAAACACAUAGGAUUGUACAUAAAACUGCUGUUCCGCUCAUGCUACAGACUUCUGUUUGUGCAACCGACUUUCCCCGCCAUCUUUUUUCUCUACUGCUGUUCCUGAUCACCUUCAAAAUCUGCUCCAGAGGGUUGAGGUGCCCUCUGGAGUAGAUUUUGGGGGCAGAGGAACAGCACAGGGAAAGGAUGAGGAAAUCGCAUUGUAUGGAACAUCACUUAGACUGUGUUGCAUGGACAAAUCAUUAUGCUGUGACAGUAAGCUACAAAAUGUUCCUCCCCCCUUUUUUUUUAAACCAACAGUGUGGUUGGUACUGGGGACCAAUGAACUGGGAAGAUGCUGAAAUGAAGUUGAAAGGGAAACCUGACGGGUCCUUCUUGGUUCGUGACAGCUCCGAUCCUCGGUACAUCCUGAGCCUCAGCUUUCGAUCACAGGGUAUAACCCACCACACCAGAAUGGAGCAUUACAGAGGUGAGCCUUGAGGGCAGGGCAAGGGCAUUAACCUAGGGUGGCACCCUACUCACCUUGCAUAGAAGGUCAAGUCCACACAGAGAGGAAUCUGCCCAAGGGAGCAUCUGUGAUAUAGGUUGGACUCUUAAGCCUGAUCUCUCUGUGCCAGCAUUCUAUCCACUCACCUGUGCAGAUUGCCGUUAUUUUGUAGAGUCUGGGGGACACACAUGCACAUAACAGAUGGAUGCUCUUCCACCCUCUGCUUUUCUGUCCAACAUGCCCCUUAAUGUUCCUUCAUUGGCAGGGACCUUCAGCCUUUGGUGCCACCCCAAGUUUGAAGACCGCUGCCAGUCCGUGGUGGAGUUCAUCAAGCGUGCCAUCAUGCACUCCAAAAAUGGGAAGUUCCUUUAUUUCUUGCGAUCCAGGGUUCCAGGUAUGUAUUUAAACGUGCGUGUGAAACAUUUAGAUGCUUUUGAUUGUGAGAUCCACUACACUCCUAACACAUAGCAGAUGUGUAGGGCCAAGUCUUUUACUAGAAGGAGAGAGGGGGCUCAGGCAGUGGCUGGAGAGGCUUCCAACAAGUGUCCAAUACAGGCAGUGGCUAGAGAGGCUUCCAGCAAGUGUCCAAUACAGGCAGUGGCUGGAGAGGCUUCCAGCAAGUGUCCAAUACAGGCAGUGGCUGGAGAGGCUUCCAGCAAGUGUCCAAUACAGGCAGUGGCUGGAGAGGCUUCCAGUACUCACUUGGCCUCAUGCUCCUAACAAAUAUCUUUCUCAGAUGUUUCUGAGAUAGCUGCAGAGAUAUUUCCUGAGAAGUUCUCCCCCACUCCCAAUGUAUUUAUUUACUUACUUUUAACUUGCAGGUCUCCCUCCGACCCCUGUCCAGCUCCUCUAUCCCGUCUCUAGGUUUAGCAACGUUAAAUCGCUACAGCACCUUUGCCGCUUCCGGAUAAGGCAGCUGGUCCGCAUCGAUCACAUUCCAGAACUACCGCUCCCCAAGUAAGGUUCCGUUCUGUGCUUUGUUUUGUGUUUUUUCCAACUCCAUUUUAAGGAAGACCCUAGGUACAGAAAUCUAACUGCUGCAUCUUCUUCAUCAUUGUUCCAUCUAAUAGCAAAGCCAAGAGGUGUGCAUAUCAGUUUGGAAACUGAAUGGGGUCAUCCAAAGAUAAGGCUUUUGAGUUUUUUACUGCAUGCUCAGGGGACUUCUAAAAUAAGAAGAGGUAUCUAGGUUUGUAAAAUUAAGGUGUUUUUGUUUUGUUUUUUUAAAGGAAAACUUCUAAAAACAACUGUGACCUGCAGAAAGUUGGAAGGGAGGAGGGAGCUGUCCUGUGUGAGCCUCUAAUAACUUAUAGCAGGGAUUCCCAAACUCUGUUCUGUGGGAACCCCAAUAACCCCUCACCUUCAUUUAGGCAGCUCAUUGGUAUCUGUGGUUGGGCAUGGCACAUCCAUUGCAAUAAAUAGUCCUAGUUCAGUUGCAUCUUUAUUGCUUCUAUGGAAUUGAAACUGGAACGCAAUAUGCAAGAGCUAAAAGAAGCAAUGAAAAAUACACGCCGUGCAGUACCUAGUAUAGCACAAUACAUUGGCUACCAUGGGGAGGAAAAUUUUCAAGUAGUCCACAAGGAUCUUCAGCGAUUUUUGAGUGGCUGCAGGGGGUGGGUGGGGUGGAUUUGGAAGCCACUGGCUUAUUCUCUCCUAGAUGUGUGAUGCAAAACAGCAUGUGAUUAAAAUGCCCCUCCCUUGCUAUAUACUGUAGAAGAAACUUGAGAAUGGGAUAACUUUUGGACCCUCUUUCUGCACAGCCAGUGGUAUCAGGGAUGGUGAAGUCUUUAGCCCGACAGUAUCUGGGGAGAGACCUAGGUGCCCCUUCCCUUCUUUGGGUGUUUGUGUCACUUAGGGUAGGUUGACACGUAGCACAUUGCUUACUCGGUGACUGCAGCAUCAAGCAGGGAGUUUCCUGUGUGACUAUAGAGCAGGGUUUCCCAAACUUUUUGGACUACAAUUCCCAUCAUCCCUGACAACUAGGGAUGAUGGGAGUUGUAGUCCAACAACAGCUGGAGACCCAAAUUGUGGGAAACCCUGAUCUAGAGCAUGGGUAGGCAAACUAAGGACCGGGACUGGAUCCAGCCCAAUCACCUUCUCAAUCCGGCCCGCGGACAUUCCGGGAAUCAGUGUGUUUUUACAUGAGUAGAAUGUGCCCUUUUAUGUAAAAUGCAUCUCUGGGUUAUUUGUGGGGCAUAGGAAUUGGUUGAUUCCCCCCCCCCAAAAAAAAUAUAGUUUGGCCCCCCACAAGGUCUGAGGGACAGUGGACCGGCCCCCUGCUGAAAAAGUUUGCUGACCUCUGCUCUAGAGUAUCACAGAUGGAAUGCUAGAGAUUUUUUUUUUAAGUAUCACCCCACAUCACUCAAAUGUGAUUUUUUUUGGGGGGCGGGGUGGAGCUGGAUCGCACAAACACACACAAACCGCAUGCCGUCAGAUGGAGUGGAAUAAUCCAGUGGUGGCAACCAGACCUUGAGCAAUGGCAUUCCAGACAAGCACUCCGCAUCAAACGGUGGCAGAGAGGGAGGGAGAAGGACCAACCUUUUUCCAAGCACCCGUAAUGUCUGCUGCUGUUGCACUCUGGGAUAAUGGGAUGUUGCCUGGAGCAAACGGCUUGCUUGAGGGGAAACAUCUGGGGAUUCCACAAACGAGUAGUUGCUCUGCAAUUUUUGUUGUGCUGUAAAUUGCCUGGAAAGGCCUCAGGGUAGAGGGGGUUGUCUGUGAUACUCUCCUUCCCACGCUUACAGUUUGAACUGCCUAGUGGUGUAAGCAAACUUUCUGUGUUGGUUACAGAGGGAAGCGUGUUGGGCUGGGGUGGCGUGGGGAAGGAAGCUGGUUCUGGCCCUGGAGCUGUUAACUUUUUCCUGGGAGAGGCAGAGAGUGAGUGUGAGAGAGAGCAGGGAACCAAGACGUUGGGAACAGGGUGCAGAGGCUUUAGGAUGGCUGAAUUCCAACAAGAGUUUUAACAUAAUUAGAUCUGGGGCUCAUCUGCAGUGGAAAACAGUUUUAAAGUCUCUUCCUGUAUGGGUCGGUCCUUCUCUUAGAGCAAUGGUGGGGAACCUUGGGCGCAGGAGUCAAAUCUGGCCCUUCUGCCCUCUCUGGGGUUCUUCCCAGGUCACCCCAACCCUCCUCCAUCCCCUAUUCCUAGCUGGAAUGUGUCCCCUGAAUAAUAUCCUCUGCUUGCCUGGAUGAUGAAGAGGAGAGGGUAUUUGUGCUUGGAACCCUCUGACUCUCCUGCAGUUGAAACAUUGCCUAGAAAGGGAAGAGUUGCACCCAUCGCUCUGCUCACUUUUGCCUGUAGUCCUGCCCUGCCCCACUGAAAUGUGGCCCCUGGCAGCUUUAUUUUUGAGGCCAUGCAGCCCUUGGCCUGAAGAAGAUUCCUCAGACUCUAUCUUACUGUGCCUUCCCUCUUUUUUCCGUCAUCGUGAUAAUCCUCUUGGAGCGAGGGUGCAUAGGGUAGCCCCAGUCAGUGGGUUCCAAACUCCUCCCCGUUGAAGAUUGAUGUUGUGCUUGCAGAGAUAACCCCAAUAUUGAUUUGCAGCCAUUUUCGAGUCUUUAUUUUUAAGUAAGAGGGAGGUGAUUCACUUCCACUCCACAACCCGCAAGAUCUCCUGAGUGUCCCUUGGCUCUCUGUUCCCGUAGGCCUCUGAUCUCGUACAUCCGCAAAUUCUACUACUACGACCCCCAGGAGGAGGUGUAUCUCUCCCUGAAGGAAGCUCAGCUUGUUUCCAAACAGAAGCAAGAGGCAGAGUCUUCAACGUAG